AUGUCAAUCGACCAAUACUUUGCCAAGUUCAAUGAAUUGUGCCGAAAGGUAGAAGAAGUAUACAAUGUGUCCAAGACCAAGAAGCCUUCUGAGACCCAAGCACCUAAUGCCAAUAGAGCAACGGGCUCAAAUUAUUGGAAGGACAAGAAAAUGAAGGGUAAGAAGCUGAGUAUGAACAAUCCACUCGACUUUUUCAAGAAGCCCGGAACUCAGAAGAACUUUGUUGAUAAAGGACCUCCUCCCAACUGUAGAGGAUGUGGAAAAGAGCAUAGAGGUCCGUGUGCUACAGGUGAAAUGAUCUGCUAUAAGUGUGGAAGAUCCGGCCACUACUCUAGGCAGUGUCCUCAGAAUGAAGUGAGGACUAUGGUAGUUCAAGCUACUGCUGUCCCUGUCUCGGUUAUUCCACCUAUGAAGGAGUCUCAGACGGUUGGUAGAGUAUACACCAUGGACCGUCAACAAUCCGAAAAGGCUCCAAACCUUGUGAAAGUAAUCAAUGGUUUGGUUUGGUUGAUUAUUGAUUGUAUCCAUGUGAUGGUUAGGAUUGAGGCAAUUGGAUCUCCCUUGAGAGAUCAACCAUUGGAGCAAGCUAUGGAACUUGAUUAG